AUGUAUCGUCCGCAGCAAAACAACAACCAAAACCCUCAUGUCAAGAGGCCUCCGCAACUGAACAUUCCUUCCCAGCAGAACUUGUCGGUUGGGGACAUCCCAUCGUUACCACCGUCAAGAUUCCAACAUUUGAAUCAGAUGCCAAGUCCUCAAAAUUAUCAACAUCAACAAAACUAUCCACCUCCUCCACAAGGUGGACCCCAAAGACGGUACCUUGAUCCUUCUCAGCCUCAACAACAUCCACAUCCUUACAGGCAGAAUAUUGCGUUCCAGCCACCAAGUCAUCAGGAUCAUCAUCUUCUUCCGAUCCCCCAACCGCAGGCAAGAGAACAAUAUUAUCCAGAGCAACCUCAGAACCAGCAUCCUAAUCCUCAACAAAUGCGAUCGUUCUCCGACUCAUUACCUCGUCAAAGACAACCUCCACCGCAUAUGCCGGCUCUACCCCAAAUGCAUCAACACAGAGGCCCCCAACUAGCGAAAAUUAACAGUCAGGCUCCUGUUCCUCAGCGAUCGUAUCUUCCAUCGCCAUCGCAACAGACACCUCCAUCGUCUUCGGGACUUCAUGAGCCAACCCAGAAAAGUCCGGUUAUGCGUCAGUCCAUUAAUUUCUUGAGAGGUACCAGAAACAUAUCAUCGCCUAGUCUUUCGUCGGAUCAUUACGAAAGAUACAACGAUCCCCAGCAGAAUGGCGAGGGCUUGAAAAAGUAUCAUACUACGACCAGUAGACACCAGAUGUCUUCUUCCGGAAGAUUGAUCCCCCAAAAAACAGACAUUAAUGCAGGUCCUCAAGAGGCCCCUAAAAAAUCUCGAAGUUUUACAUCUCUCACCAAGAGAGUUGCUUCUUCAAGCUCUUUGAGAAGUUCUACAGACAAAGACAAGCUAUUGUCAGGGGGAUCAAUUAGUUCCAAAACGAUUGUCACUUCCUCAUCUACGAAAGUCCCAUACGUCUACCCUGCUGUAUUAUCUAAAGUUGCCAAGGCUUUCAAAGAAAGAGUGCAGUUGGACUCCAAAUUUAAAAAUGGCCUUGAAUACAGGGACUCAUUCACGGGUUCCGAAGCCGUUGAUGCAAUUGCUCGGAUCAUUCGAACCUCCGACAGAAAUCUUGCCCUAUUGUUGGGCAGAUCGCUGGACGCACAAAAGUUUUUCCACGAUGUGACAUAUGAACAUCGACUUCGCGACUCUAAUAACGAGGUGUAUCAGUUCUCAGAAGAGGUUUUCGAUGUCUAUACAAACGAGACCUCUGGUUUACAAAGACAUGAAUCUGUUAACUCAGAUAUUCAUGAAAUCGACAACUCCAUUUCUCCACCAAUGACAUCUUCCCCAACCGCCCCAUCGCAUUCAAAGUCAAACUCUAUCGGGGCUCCAGUUGUUGGAGUGUUCACUUUGUUGACCGAAUGCUAUUCUCCAACAUGUUCACGUGAUAAUCUCUGCUACAGCAUUGUUUGCCCACGCAGACUUGAGCAACAAGCUAGAUUAGGUUCAAAGGCCUCAUCAUUAGCAAGAUCUGACUCACGCCUCUCACUUACUCAAAAGGAAGAGCAGAAGGCUUUCUGGUCUCUGACAGUUCCUAAGAGUGUUCUUGACAGUCUGGAUAAAAGAGAGGUUAAAAGACAGGAAUGUAUCUUUGAACUCAUUUACUCAGAACGUGAUUUCGUCAAGGAUCUGGAGUAUUUGAGAGAGUUCUGGAUCAGGCCUUUGUCAGAAACCAAGAUUAUCAAAGAAAAUGAGCGUGAGCAUUUUGUCAACACUGUGUUUUUCAACAUUAACGAAAUUUGGGAAAUCAAUUCAAAGUUUGCCGAAGCAUUGACUAAAAGACAGCAAGAAAAACCAAUCGUUGAUCAAAUUGGAGAUUUGUUCCUAGAAUUUAUUCCAAGGUUUGAGCCUUUUGUGAAAUAUGGUGCAGGUCAAGUGAAGGGAAAGUAUGAAUUCGACAGACAGAAGAGACACAAUCCGUUUUUCGUGAGAUUUAUCGAGGAUACAAGUAAUAGAGCGGAAUCACGCAGAUUAGAUGUUUCAUCAUAUCUUUCCAAGUCAACCACUCGUCCUGCAAGGUAUCCCCUUCUUUUGAAGAGUGUCAGAGAUCAUACAGAUCCAGAAUCAAAAGAUUACGAGAAUCUUAAUAAAGCAAUUGAACUUCUGCAAAAAAUGUUGACAAGAAUCAAUUAUGAAACAGGUAAGGCUUCGGACAGGCUCAAUCUCUUCCUGUUGAAACAGAAGCUUGUUUUCCGUCCUGGUGAGUAUAUUGAUCUUAGAUUGACUUCUGAGCACCGGAAGCUGUUGUAUCAAUGCGUUCUGAAGAAACGGAAUUACCAGGAUAGGGAAAAGCAAGGAGAAGUUCAAGUGUAUUUGUUUGACCAUGCAUUGUUGUUCAUCAGAAUAAAGAUUGUCAACAAGCGUGAGGUUUACAGAGUCUACCAAAGACCAAUCCCAUUGCCUUUAUUGUUUGUUUCUUUAUCAGAGGAAAGUCCCUCAAUUAAGCAAAUAAAGAAGUCCGCUUCAACGGGUUCGCUCACGGGAUCUAGUUCAUCAUUGUUGUUCAAGGAUGCUCAAGCACCUGGGGGUCUCAAUCUAGCCACCAACUCUGCCAGAUUCCCAAUAUCUUUCACAUAUCUUGGUAGAAGUGGCUACGAUUUGACUCUAUAUGCCACUCCACCAAUCCAAAGAAUGUUGAUUGACAAAUUAGAGACGCAGACACGCAAGCUGAUUGAAGAUAACGAUGUUUACACUCUUACCCCACUAACGUCUAAUUUCUUCGACAGCAACAACAAGAUCAACUGUGUCGUUCCAUUUGAUGGUGGAAGAAAACUUCUUUACGGGACGGAUGCCGGUAUCUAUGUUAGUGAUGUCCGGGUGAGCGACAACGGAGCCAGAAUAGUUUCGAAACCGUUGAAAAUCAUCAGCAAAAUUAAUAUCAUUCAGGUGGAGAUUCUAGGAGAAUAUCAGACGCUUCUUGCACUGAGUGACAAGAAACUGUUUUACUGGCCUAGCGAUGUGCUUAAUGGAGGCGAUCCUGCCAAGAAUGCCAAGCUAGGCAAAGAAUUAAUGACGCAUGUUUCAUUUUACAAGACUGGAGUUUGCGCGGGACGAAUGCUUGUUUGCGCUGCAAAAUCGUCGUCUAAUUUGAUCAGAAUUUUCGAGCCUAUUGAUCCUGUGAACCAGAAAAGACAGAAAAGAAAGUUUUCAAGCGAGACCAAGGAUGUUUCAUUUAACUCUGAGCCCGUUUCUAUCAACUUCCUCAAGACGAAGUUGUGCGUUGGAUGUUCCAAAGGAUUUGAGAUUGUUUCGUUGGAAACCAACGAGAUCAAACAACUUUUGGAUGCCGCAGAUACUUCUCUUGACUUUGUGAUAGGAAAGGAGGGGUUGAAACCGCUCGAGAUUGACCGGAUCAAUUCUGAUUUCCUGUUGAGUUACUCUAACUUUUCCUUCUUCAUUAAUCACAGUGGAUGGAGAUCGAGAUCCAAGUGGAUUAUUUACUGGGAGGGAGUUCCACAUGCGUUUGCCUUGUGGUAUCCGUACCUCUUAGCCUUUGAGAAUGGUUUCAUUGAAAUCCGUCAUGUUGAGAGCGGAGAGCUUCUUCGUGUGAUUAUAGCUGAGAACAUCCGUUUCUUGCACUCGAGCUCGCAAGAGAUUCUUUACGCUUAUGAGGACGAGAGAGGCUACGAUGUGGUUGCAUCUCUUGACUUUUGGGAUAAGAGCAAGAAAAAUAGAUCUCGUGGAAACACUCUACAGACAGCGACGAACACCAGCGAAAGCACUCUGACUACAGCGGUGGAGAGGUGA